GCCACCAUAAAAAUCGUCAAGGAGAACAGUAAAGGAAAAAGGAAGAGAAGGGCUUGCGCGGCUAUUGAGAUAACCAGCAAGGCAGCUACUCACCCCGCAAAAUAGAGAUCACCUUCUUCAAGCCCGAUCCGCGAGGGAACCACCAGCAGGACAGGGUACCGCCACUAUCACAAUAGCCGCCAGGGUUGUUUGUCCAGUCUAUCUAUCUGUCUCGAUAUCUCCCUCCCCGCCAUGUCGACCUCAGCUCGCCGUCGCCUCAUGAGGGACUUCAAGCGGAUGCAAACCGACCCUCCCGCCGGCGUCUCCGCAUCUCCUAUCGCCGAUAAUGUCAUGACUUGGUACUCAAGCUGUGCCCAGCCGUAUUGUUACUGUAUGGCCGGAAUCGUGCUAAUACUCAUGUCUAGGAAUGCUGUUAUCAUUGGGCCUGCCGACACACCAUUUGAAGAUGGAACUUUCCGCCUCGUGAUGCAUUUUGAGGAGCAGUAUCCGAACAAGCCCCCAGGCGUCAAGUUCGUCAGCCAGAUGUUCCAUCCAAACGUUUACGGCACCGGAGAGUUGUGUCUAGACAUCCUGCAGAACCGCUGGAGCCCAACUUACGAUGUUGCUGCCAUCUUAACUAGUAUCCAGAGGUAAGGGAUUCUCGAACCUACCAUUAGCCAGAGUAACUUACUAAACCGGGCGGCUUGUCAAAAUAGUUUAUUGAAUGAUCCCAACACGUCAUCCCCUGCCAACGUCGAAGCCUCUAAUCUCUACAAGGAUAACCGCCGAGAGUACACCAAACGUGUUCGUGAGACCGUUGAGAAGAGCUGGGAGGACUAAUCUAUGUCUUCCUCGCCUCACAGCUGUUUGAACGAAGUUCUUGAUUAAUAUAACGCCGCUGCCAUACCGCCAAUCAUUCCUAUGAUUCUACGACUCACCGCCUCCCAAUCCCACCAUUAUCUCCCUCUCUU